CGAAAAAUUAUCGACGCUCUUAAUCUCUGAAUCAGAAUCGGAGAUAUCGUUCGUUGAUGCGCAGUUUACCGAUACUUUUCAUACGGAGUUGUAUCGAUAUACAAAACUCAAAGUUGCAAGUCUCGAAGACAGAUCAUAUCGAGAGAGUUUGUUGAUCAAGGUCCAACAAUUGAAUGUCACCUGCCGCUAAAGUAAAGCAAUCGUAACAAUGUAAUCGUGUCUUGUAUUAGAGUACAGUAUAGUCACAGGAAGUGUUCAUAUUUUGAAAAGGUUAAAGCAAACACGGUCGAAUGAUAAUCCAGGCCGGUUCGUAGUUAAAUGAAUCGCUCCAAAGAGAACCUCUAAUCCUUGGACCACCUGUACAGCGUGGGAUAGUCGGAUUCCUCGUAUGAUGUUCUUGAAUGUGUCACGAGGGCUCCAGCAGCCUAAACAACUCAACGAGAUAAAGAAGCACCGGCCUGUACUCCGAGAAGCCUUCGGAGAUACUCGUAGCCCUUGUAUGCACUGUGCCAGAUAAAAUUGAAGAGGCCACAGUCGAUGACAUCCGGGAUCUUGGUGGACAUCGGUCCGGUUUCCUGAUUACUCCCCCGAUGACGCGCAUUGUCUGGAGAUAUCGUGUGGCUUCCUGUUACUCGUCGAGUGCAAUUUCGUCGAGUUCUCUUCUUUCUCCAACUACGUUUCAUUCGAACGGUUUCCUUUUCUUACCGGUAAUCGCACGACGCGAACGUGAUCAAUUCGAUGCAAGUGGUUGGCAAAUUUUAAACGAUUAUAGCGGAAUUAAUGUGUAAUCGUAGGAUGAAAAAUCUCGUCGUUUUUAGAUAGACAGACUUCCGCUUUCGUCGCGAUAGGAAAAUUUAGUCGUCGCCACCGACGAUGCGGUCGAAGAUAUUUUGGGGCAAACGCCAAGUAUCGUGGUGAACGCAACUGUCUGGUGAUUGAGUCACGUUCACGGCCGUAGUAUCGCUCGAUGAUUUAUGCGAAGGACUCGCAGGACUCCUGGUGAUGCUGGCCGCGCAGUUGUGCGGCAGGCAGGCGUGAAAUGAAGCUUCGAAUUUGAGAGGUCGUGGUGUUCGACUCUUCGGUGACACAGUAGCUCGGCGGGCCAAUGAAUGUCCGAGUUCUUUAUGGAGCAACCUGAGACUGCAGAGACGAACGUAGUCCGAGAGGACGUCCAUCAAAGGGUUCCAAAUAAUUACCGCCUCCGGGUCGCGCAGCAACGAAAAGCGGGCUACGAGUCGCCGAAAGGAGCGCAACAUCUCCACGAGACGGUGAUAAGUCAGGCAAACGUUAUCGUAACUAGUCGCGUGUACCUUCAAGAAGGGGGAUCCGCCUACGAGAGAUCAGCAGGGGACCUGAAGAAGUCUUCCUCAGCGAAGAAACUGGAUAUCCUGGGGUCCCGGCGAAAAAUAACCGUUGGUAUAUAGCCACUGAUUUUACAAAAAAUCUGUGUAAGAAAAAAAUGUUCUAACGUACGAUCCUUCUUCUAUUUUAUCAUUUUACAAUCUCUGUUGACCAGCAAAACAGAAGAAACGGAUUAUAAGGAAAAGCGAAUUUUGUAAAAAAUAGAUGAAACUUAUGUUGAUAAUUAUCAUACGCAACGUACGUAUCAUUUUCAUCGCGGCACAAUCUUUCAUGCUUCAGUCGGCUGUCGAUAGCGGAACGCAAUUAAAGUCGACUCGUUUCCUGAAAUGAGCUUCAAAUUCCAGAGCCCGGUAGCAGCUCAUCAACAUUUCAAUUUCCGUCGACGAGCAUUUCGAUGAGACAGCUCGUAAAUAGUCGGCACAAUUUCGGCGGAAAGUACAAUUUAAGGGUGAAGCGAAGGUAGAUAUAAACGCGAACGGGGUGAAACGAAUUUGCUCGAGGCAGCAGAAGACAUGGGGAAAGAAAUCGCGCUUCGAAGUUCGAAGGGUGGGCGGAAUCUCGGUAACUGGACAGGAACGAACUUUCGGAUUAGGACGAAAUAACUGGAAUUACGGGCAAUCCGCGAGCUUCGAAGGACCGAUAAAUCAAGGGUGGAAGCACGAGCAUCCGGUUGCUCGUGCCAUUGGCCCGGUACACGCAACAGAGAGCUGCUCGCGUCGCUUCGGCCAAUAAAGCUUGCCUGACGAAAUGUCGGAACGAUCGAAUUGGAAAAAUUUCCCAGAUGCUUUUCGAAAAAAUUCCGCUGCCCGAAGGGUAUCCGAAUCGAAAAGAAUUAUGCAACUUACACAGCGUUGAUAGGAAAGUAAACAGUUAUAUUGACUUUCAAGCGGAAUUAGUUCGUCGACUUUCUACAAACCAAUUUAUGCAAUCUUUCCCGAUUCCCGGUAUCGAGAGGCAUUUACCACUAUUCCGGAAGCGCAUGUUUCUCAUAAACAAUGGCCCACAGCCAACAAUGGAGGCAGCUAGAUUGGCAUGGUCUAACCGUAAAUUACGAUCGGGAUCUAAGUCUGAAAAUGCUCGGCGCAACGACGCUAUCUACGAUCGUGAACGAAGGACGACGAGAAAGGAGAAAGAAGAGAAAAAAUCAGCAGAGAAUCUGAAACGCCCAACGGAGGGUAGAUAUGUUCCGUUGCAUCUGUCGUCACGCCCUUUCCCGUCCGUAUACGUAUGUAUUCGCAAAUAUACUUGUGUGAGUACUCGCGUGCGCGCAUACGUGCGAAGUCACAUGUCGACCGGUCGUAUGGAGAUGUAUAAGCAGCAUCGAGGGAUGUUUUUCAGUUUGGGGUAGCCGGAGAAGGGCCUAAAUGUUUUAUUACUUAAUCAUAACGUUCGGGGGCGGGUUGUCGGAGAAUCUGGUGGGGAUAGAACGAAUAGAGCAUAAUGCGCUGGACAGGGUGAGAUCGGAAGGAAUUAUUCCGCGACCCAAUUAUUCAUACGUGUCGAAUGGGCUGCGGAGGAUAAGACUUAGGUCCUUACAGGAGAAUAAAUCACCGAGAUAUCUCGUGAGAUAAGAGGAAAAUGUGACACGAACCAGACAAGCUUCGUUCGUCAGUCACGCUGCUCAACAAUAGAGGAAAAUGUAUAGCGUUGUUUCCUUCUUUCUUUGUGUACCAUUGAAUAAUUCUUGUUACAUUGAACCUAGAUUUAUUCUGAAAUUUCGAUGAAAAUAAUAUUCUGUUGAAAAGUCAAUGACGUAUUUAUUGCUCCUAGAUAAAAUAUAAAUAAUAAAUACGCAGAAGGGAAGCAGUGACUGUGUUAUAAAAUAUCACCGUCGAAAAUAUUCAUAGCUUAAGCACAGCUGAAAAAAUUUGUAUCGUAAUAUAUAUUAUUUGCCACGAA